AAGAUGAUAGCAUAUAUAAGAGGCGUUAAUGGGAUGAAUGUAGGCAUGGAAUUGAAUUGAAGGCUUGAAGCACUGAGUCUGACUAGGCAGAGAUUCUGUAUUAAGUAUUAAUAAACCCAAUAACCACAUGCCAAAGGCAAACAAGAACAGCAUCGAGUCAUCCCUUCAUGUUUCCCUUCGCAACCUCUCCCAACUCAGCACCCGAAUCGAUUCCCUUCAAACCUUCCUCUUCCAAUCCAUCCAAUCCCGCACCCUCCUCACCCACCACCAAAUCACCACAGUCUCCAACGAAAUCCUCACCGCCAUUCGCCACCUCAUCACCAACGCCGCCGCCCUCACCGCCGCCGCCUCUCAAAACCUUCUCCCCCCAACCUCAGACUCUCCGAAACACAACAACAACAACAACAACAACAACAACAACAACAUGGACAACGACGAAACCCUUGUCGUGGAGCUGGACGCGGUGGAGCUUCUCGCCAAGCACCUCCACUUCUGCGAGGUGUGCGGGAAGGGCUUCACGCGCGACGCCAACCUCCGCAUGCACAUGCGCGCGCACGGCGACGAGUUCAAGACGGCGGAAGCGUUGGCGAACGGGGCGCGUGGGGCGACGCGGUUCUCGUGCCCGUUCGAGGGGUGCAACAGGAACAGGAAGCACAAGAAGUUCAGGGCGCUGAAGUCGGUGUUCUGCCUGAGGAACCACUUCAAGAGGAGGCACUGCCCGAAGACGCUGCGGUGCGAGCGGUGCCUGAAGAAGAGCUUCGCGGUGGUCUCCGACCUGAGGAGCCACGCCAAGCAGUGCCGCGGAGAGGCCACGUGGAAGUGCUCGUGCGGAACCACGUUUUCCAGGAAGGACAAGUUGUUCGGACACGUGGCGCUGUUCGAGGGGCACGUGCCGAUGCUUGAGCAGGAGAAGGCCAAGGAAAGCGAUGAGGGCUUGCCCGAAGGGUUCUUUGAUGGUUUGGAUGAUUUUGGCUUUGCUUCCAUGCAAGACCAAACUUCCACUUGGGGCUUCCCACAAUUAAUUUAGAUUGAAACUCUUUUCUAAUCUUCAUCUAAAGAGAUAAUUUGUUGCAAGUAUUUCAUGUACUUGUCAACAAAAUAAAACUAAUAAGUAUUUAGUAUAUGAAGAGUAAAACAUUUUUUUUUUUUACUUUAUGUCAUGAAAUUUU